AUGGAUCAGGACCAGCAAUGGUUGAUCAAUUGCUUGAACGCAUCACUCGAUCCCAGCCAACAAACUAGAACCUUUGCUGAGACUUCGCUUCAGCAAGCGUCCCUUCAACCAGGUUAUGGUGUUGCUCUUGCUAGAAUUGCAGCACACCGAGAACUUCCACUUGGAUUGCGGCAGAUAUCCUUGAUGAUGCUCUUAGCCAUUGUGGGAUUAACCCGCAUUCACCUAGCAGCAGUUUUGCUGAAGCAAUUUAUCAGAAAACACUGGAAUGAGGAUGAAGAAGGCUUUGAGCAUCCCGUUGUUGAGAGCAAUGAGAAGGCAGCUGUGAAAGGACUACUUUUAGCAUUGCUUGAUGAUCCUAGUAAGAAGAUCUGCACUGCAGUAAGUGUGGCUGUAUCGGCGAUUGCACAUUAUGAUUGGCCAGAAGAUUGGCCUGAAUUAGUGCCUUUUCUUUUAAGUUUAAUUAACGACCAGAGUAAACUGAAUGCUGUGCAUGGAGCUGUACGAUGCUUGUAUCUUCUUUCCUCGGACAUGGAUGACAAGAUGGUGCCCCAACUUGUCCCAGUUUUAUUCCCAUGCUUGCACGCGAUUAUGUCCUCUCCUCAGAUCUAUGACAAAAGUCUGAGGUCCAAAGCUCUGUCAGUAAUUUAUAAUUGUACUUCAAUGAUUGGGGCUAUGAGUGGUGUGUACAAGACAGACACAACCGCCCUAAUGUUACCAAUGCUCCAACCUUGGAUGGAGCAAUUCUCGUCAAUCUUGAAACACCCGGUGCCAUCUGAAGAUCCUGAUGACUGGAGCAUACGGAUGGAGGUGUUAAAGUGUUUGAAUCAGUUCAUUCAGAACUUCCCCACCAUUACAGAAACUCAUUUUUCAGUAAUUCUGGGGCCAUUGUGGCAAACAUUUGUGUCGUCGUCGGGAGUUUAUGAGCGCUCAGUGAUUGAAGGCGUUGAAGAUUCCUAUGAUGGUCGGUAUGAUUCUGAUGGUGCUGAGAAAAGUCUUGAGUCCUUUGUUAUCCAGUUAUUUGAAUUUUUAUUGACGGUUAUUGGAAGUCCGAGGUUUAUGAAGGUUAUUAUGAACAAUUUAAAAGAGUUAGUCUACUACACUAUUGGUUUCCUUCAAAUGACGGAACAACAGAUUCAUACCUGGUCCCUCGAUGUUAACCAGUAUGUUGCUGAUGAGGAUGACAAUACUUACAGUUGUCGUGUAUCUGGUGCACUUCUGCUAGAAGAGGUAAUAUCUACCUGUGGGACCGAAGGCAUAAAUGCUGUGAUCGACUCUGUAAGAAGUCGAAUAAGUGAGUCCCAACAGGCGAAAGAUACUGGUUCUCCUGGUUGGUGGAGAUUAAGGGAGGCUGCCCUGUAUGCUUUGGCUUCUGUGGCUGAAGAGUUGCUUGAAAUAGAGGUUUCUGGUUCCACUGUUGGAACUAUGCUAGAGCAAAUUUUAACUGAUGACAUGGCAACAGGCGUCCAUGACUACCCCUUUCUUUGUGCCCGCUUAUUUUCAUCUGUUGCAAGAUUUUCUUCCAUGAUGAACAACCAAGUAACAGAGCAGUUCGUAUAUGCUGCUAUUAAGACAGUUGGAAUGAAUGUACCUCCACCAGUUAAAGUUGGUUCUUGUCGAGCUUUAUCCCAACUUUUACCAGAUGCCACCACGGGAAUUGUUCAACAGUUUGCAUUCGACUUAUUCUCGUCACUUAUAGAUCUUCUAAAAAAUGCCUCGGAUGAAACUAUGCAUUUAGUACUUGAAACUCUGCAAGCAGCUGUGGCAGCUGGUCAUGAAGUUGCAGCAUCAAUAGAGCCAGUUUUAUCUCCUAUCAUGCUCAACAUGUGGGCUUCUCAUGUUUCUGACCCAUUCAUCAGUAUAGAUGCUCUAGAGGUUUUGGAGGCCAUAAAAAAGGCCCCUGGGUGUAUUCAUCCGCUGGUUUCACGAGUUAUCCCCUACAUCGGGCCAAUCCUCAGUAGUCCGCAACAGCAACCCGAUGGUUUAGUUGCCGGUUCUUUGGAUCUUGUCACAAUGCUGAUAAAGAAUGCCCCUGUUGAUGUGGUAAAAGCACUCUAUCAAGUUUCAUUUGAUCCUGUCGUGAGAAUAGUUCUCCAGAGCACUGACCAUAGUGAAAUGCAGAAUGCAACCCAGUGUUUAGCUGCACUUGUGUCUGUUGGGAAACAAGAUAUGCUUUCUUGGUCUGGUGAUCCUGGUUUCACAAUGAGAAGUUUGCUGGAUGUAGCUUCGAGGCUUCUAGACCCUGAACUAGAAAGUUCCGGAUCGCUUUUUGUCGGCAGCUACAUUCUACAGCUUAUUUUACAUUUGCCUUCACAAAUGGCGCAGCAGAUCAGGGACCUCGUGACUGCACUUAUCAGACGCAUGCAGUCUUCACGAAUUGCGGGAUUGAAAUGUUCAUUGCUUCUAAUUUUUGCGAGAUUGGUCCACAUGAGUGUCCCUCAUGUUGAACAAUUUGUUGACUUGCUUGUCUCUAUCCCUGCCAAAGGUCAUCUGAACUCAUUUUUUUAUGUUAUGUCUGAAUGGACCCAACACCAAGGGGAAAUUCAAGGAGCCUACCAAAUUAAAGUGACAACUACUGCUUUGGCUUUGUUGCUUUUGACUAGACAUGUUGAAUUGGGGAACAUUAAUGUUAAAGGCCAUCUUAUCAAGACUGACACAGGCAUAACCACUCGCUCAAAAGCCAGGAGAAUACCAGAUCAAUGGACAGUCGUGCCACUUCCUGCUAAGAUUCUGGCUAUACUGGCAGACACUUUAAUAGAAAUCCAAGAACAAGUAGAUGGGGAUAAUGAGGAUAGCGACUGGGAAGAAGUUGAGAAUGAAGAUGAUGAUUUCUUAUAUUCUUCUGCUAAUUCCGCAUCACAUGGCAGACCUACUUAUGAAUAUCUCGAUGCCAUGGCAAAGGCAUUUAAUGAGGACCAAGAAGAUGACUAUGAAGAUGAACUUCUUAGUGGUGUGGAUCCUCUAAAUGAGAUCAAUUUAGUGAACUUUCUUUUCGAAUCCCUCGCAAAAUUCUCGGAGGGCGACAGACCAUAUUUUGAGCAUCUAUUUCAGAGCUUAACAAAGCCUCAACGAAAAGCUAUUGAAUUGGUUUUAAGACGACGGGCAUUGUGA